CAUCCAAACAGGGAAUUCUGUAAUCUCACACAUUGGAAAGGAGAUAUCCCUUAAAAAAAAAAAGAAAAAAAAUCUGAACCAUCUUCUCAUGUUUUUGUCUGUGUCUGCCCUCUCAUUCACAUGAUCAUAUUUCUCUGAGUGGAGCUGACAAAGAAUUAGCAACCAUUCAGUUCCUCACCCCCAGAAACUUCUCUCCCAUUGAAAUAAAUUGGGCAUUAAAAGAUCCAUCUCCUCAAAAUUCGAGGCCGAAACGAACAAAAUGGCCAACCUCACACCUUUCUCUAAACUUGAUGAAACCUUCGACAGAGCUUCGGAACUGAAAAGCUUCGACGAAACUAAGGCCGGCGUGAAAGGGCUUGUGGACUCCGGCAUGACCGAGAUCCCAGGAAUAUUCUACUGCCCACCCAAAGAAGGUUCCAAUUCCGUUCCCAAUGAAACCCAUUUGGGUGUUCCGGUGGUGGAUUUGGAAGAUAUCCAUAAAGAUCCACUGAAACGCAGAGAAGCGAUGGAGAAAAUCCGAGAAGCUUCGGAAACGUGGGGUUUUUUCCAGGUGCUUAACCAUGGGGUUCCGGUGAGUGUUCAGGAGGAGAUCAUAAAUGGGACGCGUAGAUUUUUCGAACAGGACACUGAAGUGAAGAAACAAUAUUAUACAAGAGACGACACUAAGCCUUUCGUUUACAAUUGCAAUUUUGAUUUGUUUAGCGCACCUGUAACUAAUUGGAGAGACACGUUCUCCACUCAAAUGACCCCAAAUUCUCCCAACCCACAAGACUUGCCUCAAGUUUGCAGGGACAUCUUAAUUGAAUAUUCAGCACAAAUGGAGAAGGUUGGACAAUUGAUAUUUGGGCUACUUUCGGAGGCCCUUGGUUUGAAAUCGACCCAUCUCCUAGAAUUGGAUUGCAAUGAAGGACAUGCCAUUAUGUGCCACUAUUAUCCACCGUGUCCUCAGCCGACACUCAUCAUCGGUACCACCGAGCACUCUGACAGUGGCUUCAUCACCGUGCUGCUACAGGGCCAUAUCGGAGGUCUUCAGGUGCUUCAUCACAAUAAAUGGGUGGAUAUUCUGCCAGUUCCCGGAGCCUUGACCGUCAAUGUCGGUAGCUUAUUGCAGCUGAUUUCAAAUGACAGAUUUUUGAGCUCAGUGCAUACAGUGGUGGCCAAUUGUGAGGGUCCAAGAGUAUCGGUGGCAACUUCCUUCACUACUGGUACUAUACCCAUCAAACAAUUGUUGUCUGAACAAAAUCCUCCCAGGUAUAGACAAAUCACUAUUAAAGAAUACCGCCUCUACUUUAUACAGAAAGGGUUGGAUGGAACAGAUGCUCUUACACAUUUUAGGCUUUGAUUUACUCAAGUGUUUUGGUUUCCAAUUCCAAGGUUUGUUAAAUUUUUUAAUUAUAAUAAGUUUGAGUUUGUUAAAGUGGGUGAUUUUUAAAUUGUAAACAUGGUAUUGAAAUAAUGUUGUUUCCUACCCUAUCGUAAGGUUUAUUAUGUCUAAACUAUUUGUUAAAUUAUUUUUUGAGUGUGGGUUUAGGAAAGAGGUGUGGUCUGGGGUGUUGCAUUAGUUGGGUUCGUCGCAUCGAGUGGCGGAUUGGGAUGUAGAGCUGAGUUGGUUGUCAGAGUGAGGUCAGAUAAGGGGUGCGUAGUAAGUUGUACCGUGUUUUCUAGUGUGCUUCCAUAUACUACAUCUAGCAGGAGCGUAAUCGACGGCUGCAUGGAGGUCGAUCGAGGUCGAUGUCAACUCUGGUUCACCUUAUUAUCUUUACGGUUCGUGCUCAUGCUACUUCCUAGCGAGUUGACCUUCUUGGUCUUAUCUAAUGUGUUUACAGAUGUUUGUUCUUUUGAUCUUUACGUUGUUCUUUGUUUAGCUACUGUCCCUAGUUUGAGGAGUUUUCGGUUCUUUUCUCUGGUUUUCUCCCUCGUGGUCUGCGUCUUUAUUUUUAUGUAUUGUUUUGUUCUAGUCUUAUCUUGUGGGCUUUGUUUUGACUUGUUUGUCAUGUCUUUACUUGUGCUUUGUUGUUUUGAUGUCUUAAUCCAGAUUAUGGGAUCCCCUUAUUGUUGUAUAAUAAUAUCACCUAUUCUAAAAAAAAAAAGAAACUAUUUGUUAAA